UAGGCUCCAGCAUUCCUACGACCCUUGUGAGGAUAAGCAACUAACAAAAUGGAUGGAUGUACGAGUUAAUGAUGUAAUGACCUGGCCGAAAGAAAAUAUCAAACCAUAAUGUUGAGUUACGUUGAAAGAGUGAGGCCUCCUUCCACCAAAUAGACAAUCUUUUGUGAUUGUAAGCCCUCCCCCUGCCGCAGUGCUGCUACAGCGAGGAUGAUGCUCCUCACUGUUUUUUUUUUUGUGUGUGUGGCUCUGACACUGCUCUCUCCAUUCUACUCAGUCACCUAUACGCGGUGUUAGCCCGAUAGCUAAGUCGACUCAGUCGUCGCCUCUCAGACAUCCGCUCGACAGCCACCGCCAGGCAACAUGGGGAACGAAGCCAGUUACGCUCUGGACAUGUGCUCGCACUUCGACGCAGACGAGAUUAAGCGUCUGGGCAAGCGCUUCAAGAAGCUGGACCUGGACAACUCGGGCUCGCUGAGCGUGGAGGAGUUCAUGUCGCUGCCAGAGCUGCAGCAGAACCCUCUGGUGCAGCGCGUCAUAGACAUCUUUGACACCGAUGGCAAUGGAGAGGUGGACUUCAAAGAAUUUAUUGAGGGCGUCUCUCAGUUCAGCGUCAAAGGAGACAAAGAGCAAAAGUUACGAUUCGCUUUCCGCAUCUACGACAUGGACAAAGAUGGCUACAUUUCCAAUGGCGAGCUGUUCCAGGUUCUCAAGAUGAUGGUGGGCAACAAUCUGAAGGACACGCAGCUGCAGCAGAUCGUUGACAAAACCAUCAUCAACGCCGACAAGGACGGAGAUGGAAGGAUAUCUUUCGAGGAGUUCUGCGCGGUGGUGGGCGGCUUAGACAUUCACAAAAAGAUGGUGGUGGACGUGUGACAGACUUCCUCCUCGUUGUCCAGAACCAGAUUUCCCCCUCCUCCCCUUCCUCUCCCUCACAAAAGCCAAACUCUUGCAGCGAUUGCUCGAACAGGAAGUGGCACUUUCCCAAGCGCUCGGAAGGCGUUUUUGUUUUUUUUUUUGUUUUGUUUUUUAGCGCCGGCUGGGCAAGCGCGUUUGUUUGCGUGUGCGUGUUUUUAUUUAUUCUGACGUGUACAGGAAGAGUGAGCGUGCCAACAGGAAGCGUGUGCGUGCUCGUGUUUGACCGUGUGAUUGGACAUUAGUGUUGAUAAUUAGCAUGUUUAUGAUACUCGGGCCAGCACGUGCUUGCACCUGGAAGUGAGUGGCCACUUUGGCUUUGAUGGGGUUUUUCUUUUCUUCUUCUGCUGCUGAGUGGCCACCAAACAUUUUCUACUAAGUGGAAUUAGCUGUGUGCGGUUUCUUUCUUUUUCUUCUUCUGUGGUGCAGGUGCAUGUGUGCGUGUGCAUGCUGUGCAGCUCAACAGUACUGCCUGCUGCUCGCAUGUCAAUCAAAAAGUCUUUCAGGUUUACAAACACGGGCCGCUUCAUAAACAUCACUUCUGAUUUAUUUUUUAGUUUUGGUCAUCUUUGUUUUUAUUCGCCCGCCAAUUGUCCUCGCUAUAAGCAUUGAAGCACACAAGAUGAAUUAUUAUUAUUUUUUUUUUUAAAGGCGGUUUCGACAAAAGUCUUAUUGUGUGCACUUUGGCGGUCAUGUGACCUCUUAUUGCAUGAGUGAUCUUUGCAUGUUUUUUUUUUUUUUUUUUUGCACGCGAGUGCGGUUCAUGCGGUGUCAGGCCCUCCUCGCUCCCACGUGAUUGGAUGACAUGAGCCACGCGAACGGCGAACACCAGAACAAAAAAAAAAGUGACACGUUUUAAAAAGUAAAACAAACAAAUACACUCUUAACGGUGAGGCUGUUGGCUCAUUUCACGCAAUGUUGUGUGACUGUGGUGUUUACAUGUGAAUACUGAGAUAAAUAAUAGUGAUGAAUAUGAACAUUUCAAACACACCGUGUUGCCAAUUAAAGGUUGAUGUAGAAACAACGUCUUUUUGUACAUUUGCUGCAUGCAACAAUAAACUACUGCAAUGACUUAUUAAUAUUCAUAUUUAUGGAUUCAGUCCAGAGUCUGACAAGAUUUUUCACAGGCUGUUUUUCAUAUUUGGGAGAUUAAGUUUCUGAGAACUGUUUAAUCAGCCAAUGAAUUUAAAAUUACUUUUGGUC